GUUCCCGGCGUGCUAUUCGGUACGUGCUGUGCGUCCGCUCAUGGCCGUGGAGGCUUCUGGGAGUUGUAGUUUGCGCUACUCCGUCCGCAGGUUGACCCUACCAUGGCUUCAGCAGGGAGCAUGGAGACCCCGGAGCGUGGACACCAGCUCCCCUGCCUUAUCGGGGUGAGCGGCGGCACUGCCAGCGGCAAGUCCACAGUCUGUGAGAAGAUCAUGGAGCUGCUGGGGCAGAACGAGGUUGAACAGAGGCAGAGGAAGGUGGUCAUCCUGAGCCAGGACCGCUUCUACAAGGUGCUGACCCCCGAGCAGAAGGCGCGGGCCCUGAAGGGUCAGUACAACUUUGACCACCCCGAUGCUUUUGACAAUGAUCUGAUGUACAGCACGCUCACCAAGAUCCUAGAGGGGCAGAUCGUGGACGUCCCCAUAUACGACUUUGUCACACACUCAAGGUUACCAGAGACCAUGACCGUCUACCCGGCCGACGUGCUGCUGUUCGAGGGGAUUCUGGCGUUUUAUAACCAAGAGAUCAGGGACAUGUUCCACCUGAAGCUGUUUGUGGACACGGAUUCGGAUGUCAGGUUGUCUCGGAGGGUUCUGAGAGACAUGAAGCGGGGGAGGGAGUUGGAGCAGAUUCUGACUCAGUACACAACUUUUGUGAAGCCGGCAUUUGAGGAAUUUUCGCUCCCGACAAAGAAGUAUGCUGAUGUCAUCAUCCCGCGGGGUGUGGAUAAUAUGGUGGCCAUUAACCUCAUCGUGCAGCACAUCCAGGACAUCCUGAAUGGAGACAUCUGUAAGUGGCAGCGAGGGUCUGCGAAUGGGCGCUCACAGAAGAGAAGCUUCCCAGGAGCUGGAGAUUCGGGAGGCGUUUUGGGCCCCGGGAAGCGCACUCACCUGGAGUCCAGCAGCCGGCCGCACUGAGCGCUGAGAUCAGACUCUUUACCUCAUCAUUCCACAUCAUGGCGGUGCGGGCAGCAGACGGGGGAGCGCUGGGACUAAUUUCAGCCAAAAUAGAGAGAGUUAAUUCUUUUUGAAACAUUUCUCCCAUGUCUGAUAAGAAUCAUCAAUAAUCCAUGGUGAUCACAGAAGACGAUGGUAAGAAGAGAUCAUCUGAUUGGACAGCGCCCCCUGCUGACAGGUACCCGCUAUGGGCACACAGGUUAAUGUGCCCCAAAUCCUGGGCCGUGUUAUAAGGUCCAGGAGAUUCUCCCCAUCAUCUGAAUGUGAUUUAUCCGUGGCACGGGCACCUUUCUAUACAGUAAUACUUACAGUGAUGAGAGUUGUAGUCUAUAGCAGUGAUCUCCAGCUGUUGCAAAACUACAACUCCCAUUGUGCCCUGAUAGUUGCAUGAUGAAAGUUGUAGUUUUGCAACAGCUGGAGCCGCCGUGAUUGGCCGGUGCAGUACAAAAACAGCAUCACUACUGCACGUAUGGGAACGAGGGGACAUGGCGGCCUCAGUCCUCAAAAUGGCAACCAAUCACAGCUCAGCUUUCAUUGCUUUAUAAGGAUGCUGGCUGCGCUGUGAUUGGUUUCUAUGAGGACCAUUGUGCCCAAGGCCUUAAAGGGGUAUUCCAGCUGUUCCUUCCAGAGCAGAGUCUCCUCUA